UCUUUAAUGGCGAUUUCUAAUGCGGAUUUUCCUCCUAGUCGAGUUCCCUAUAUAAAGACAGUCUGUGGUCGUUGUCAGUCACACAUCUUCUUCUACAGUCGUCACAGUUUGUGCGAGUUACUACACACUACACUCCAGUUUCCAAUGGCUAUCUUCGCUGUUUUGGCGUGUCUCCUAGUACUUGCGGUGCCAUCUUUGCAGCAAGGGGGCCAUGGACAUGGUGGUUAUAGAGACCACGCCUACUGCUACGACCAAUGUAACAACGCUUACCAGAAAAACCGCAACAGCUACAACGUAGACCAAUGUAACUGUAACGGAUACAACUUCCCAGGACACAACAACUGUGGUCACAUCGACACUUCCUGCAUCGCCAACAGUUACGACGCCACCUACAACGUGUACGCCUGGACAUAUGACCACAGGUUAAACUCCUGCAAGAAGGUCAGCGUCUUGAGUAGAUGUGUGGACAGCUACACCCCCCAGAGAAACAUCUUCCAGAGCCAGCAAGCUUGUGUCAGAGCCUGUGAGCCCAACAGAGGUUAUUAACUGGAUAUUAAGUGGACACUCUGAGCAUAGGCCGAAUGUAUCUAAUGGACAUUGAUCAAAAUUCCAAUCAGUAAUAAAGCUCCAAGCCUUAGUUGUUAUUUUGUGUUUGUCUGGUAGUAUUUAAAUUUGCAAUGUACUUUUGGGCCGAAUCUUUACUUAGUUGUGUGGUCUGUCUGUCUGUCUGUCGGUAUGUAUAUGUAUGCAUGUAAGGUUCUGUUGGAGAUGUAUGUUACAUUAAGUAUACAAGAAGUUCUACAUGUGUUUAAAAUGUAGUCAGAAUAUUUUAUUUGUUGUAGAAUUUAGUUAAAAAAUACAAGUCAUCUGUAAAAGUUUAUAUUUUCUCGUUUAAUAAAGUCGUUUAAAAAUAUC